GUUGGAUUCGUACGAGCUUCAACCAACUACGACCGGCUCUCUCUACAGUCGCUAGGACAUCUUCUUAAGAAAAAAGACGUCAAAGUGAACAUUGUCGUGGACAUGGAUAAAAACCAAACGCCCGACGACAUUAUCGCCUCCGGGAAAUUGAAGCUACUGCGAAGCAAUGCCAGAAUAAUCAUUGUCGAACUUGGAAUGGAUAUCAUCUCAGCCACAAAUUUCAUGCUUGCUGUUCACCGUUCCGAAAUGAAAAGUGAUGAAUAUGUAUACGUCAUUCCAUGGCUUUCUCAU